GUGAGGGUUAUAUUCUGUGCUUGAAAUGGUCAAAAGGACGUGCGUGUUUUCUGUAUGUCUCCCCCCCUCCCCCCCCAAAAAAAACAAAAUCUGCCUGCUUGUUUUUCUGCCUCUUCCCAGGAAAUGAGGAUGAGAAGGCAAAACAGGCUGGGCCAGACGGUGAACGACACGGCCUCAAAAGACAGCGCGAUGAGAAGGAAGAGCACGGUCGUGCUUAUUUUGAGUUUCGAGAGGAGGCUUAUAACAGCCGAUCUAAGUCUCCACCACCCCCAGAAGAGGAAGCUAAGGCAGAGGAUGAUGAGACUCUCGUGGUCUUGGAUACAUAUACAUGCGAUCUUCACUUCAAAGCCACCAAGGACCGCUAUGGAGGGCAGCCUCUGUUUUCGGAGAAGUUCCCCAAUCUCUGGUCUGGGGCAAGAAGCACACACGGGGUGAAAGGGGGCAAAGUCUGCUUUGAGGUGAAGGUGAUACAAAACCUGCCCCUCAAGGAAGGCUGCACAGAGGCUCAGCUGCUCCGGGUCGGGUGGUCUGUCGACCUCUCUCGUUCCCAGCUCGGUGAGGAUGAGUUUUCUUACGGCUACGAUGGACGAGGGCUGAAGGCUGAAAAUGGGCAGUUUGAAGAAUUUGGUCAGACCUUUGGGGAGACCGAUGUGAUCGGUUGCUUUGCCAACUUUGAAAGUGAAGAGGUCGAGCUGUCCUUCUCCAAGAACGGAGAAGACCUGGGCGUGGCCUUCCAAAUCAGCAAAGAAUUGCUGGGGGACAGGGCCCUUCUGCCCCACGUCCUGUGCAAGAAUUGUGCCGUGGAGGUCAAUUUCGGCCAGAAGGACGAGCCCUUUUUCCCGGUUCCUGAGGAUUACCUGUUCAUUCACGCCGUCCCCGUGGAGGAGCGUGUGCGCACCCCGGCACCCCCCAAAGCGCCUGCAAAAUGUGAGGUUUUACUGAUGGUUGGGCUACCAGGAUGUGGGAAAACGUUUUGGGCCCAGAAGCACACCCAGGAGAAUCAGGACAAGCGCUUCAACAUCUUGGGGACUGACAACAUCUUGUACCAAAUGAAGACAAAAGGCCCCGUGGUUGAAGAGCCGCUGCCUAUCGAAGCUCGCGAUUCGCUGCUUCAGCAAGCUGCCCGUUGCGUGAGCAAACUGGUCCAGAUCGCACCCCGGACAAGGAGAAAUUUUAUUCUCGAUCAGUGCAAUGUCUACAAUUCCGGCCAGCGGAGGAAACUGCUGCCUUUCAAAGGGUUCCUUCGCAAAGUGGUGGUGCUAGUGCCCAGCGAGGAAGAUUGGGUGGAUAGGCUGCAGCAGAGGGAGAAAGCGGAAGGGGAGAGCGUGCCAGAAUCGGUGAUGCUGGAAAUGAAAGCCAACUUCUCCCUUCCGGACAAGUGCGACUACAUCGACGAAGUCCUCUUCCAAGAGUUGGCGAAAGAAGAGGCUCAGCCUCUGGUCACUAAGUACAAGGAAGAGGCCCGGAAACUCCUCCCACCCUCCGAGAAACGGACGAACCGUCGCAACAACCGGAACAAGCGCAACCGCCAGAAUCGCAACCGCGGCCAGGGAUACGUCGGAGGAAGUCAGCGCCGAGGUUACAACAAUCGAGCCUAUGGACAACAGCAGUACUGGGGACAACCUGGAAACAGAGGCGGUUAUCGCAACUUCUACGACAGCUACAGAGGCAGGGAUUACAAUCGCUUCUACGGACGUGAUUACGAGUACAACAGAUACCGGGACUACUACAGGGACUACAACCGAGAGUGGCAGAACUACUAUCAAGACAGAGACCGAUACUACAGGAAUUACUACGGAUACCAGGGGUACCGGUGAAACCCCUCAGACGCCUCCACCCUUCAGCCAAGCAGCCAGGCUCGACAGAGGGAGAGAUGGGAGGAGAAGCGUCCACCACUUCUCCAGAAGCAAGCAAUGGAAAUGGGAGUUUGGGGGGGGGGGGGAAGGGGGG